AUGGUGGAAUCACAACCGAUCGGCAGAAUCAAGCGCAACUUUUACGAGGAGGUCAUCAAGGAUCAUCUUCAGAAGGGACCUGUGGAACAUGAGUACUCGUUUGGAUUCUUGAGCGAAUUGAUGGAAGAUGCGUUGGACAUGAUAGACGGAGCAUGCCGCGUGGAGUACAUCUCUCCACCAGUGAACAUUUGUGGUGACAUCAGAAGUCGUUAUGGCGAUCUGCUUGACGUUUUUAGAAACUGCGGUUGGCCAUUCGAUCAGAAAUAUGUCUUCCUUGGAAACUUCAUCGAUGGCGGAAAAUUCAGUUUGGAGACUUUGGUCAUGCUGGUGUGCUGUAAAAUGUGCUACCCUCAGAACUUUGUGAUUCUCCGAGGAUUCUUCGAGAAUGAACUUGUCAAAACCGAGAGAAGUUUCAUUGGAGAGCUCAGAGUGAGAUUCUCGGAUUCUAACAAGUGGCAAGCACUGAAUGCAACCAUCAAAAGUUACUUGAAGCGUCUUCCGGUGAUUGCUGUAUUGAAUCGGAAGAUCCUAUGUGUCAAUGGAAUGGUAACAUCGAAUAUCAAGAAUGAGAAGAAUGUGGUUUCGGUGAAAAAUGGAAACUCGUUUGAGAAUCACAAUACAAGAUUGGAGGUGAUGUUCGUGGAGACUGAUAUGUCUUCUCCAAUCACUCCAAAUAAAAUUGAUGAGGAGUCGAAGACGUUGAGAGAUCUUCUGAAGUCUAUGGAUAUGAGUAUGAUGAUAAACUCGGAUAACGUUGUCAAGCAGGGAUAUCAGUUCACUCUUUGCCAUCAACUGCUUACAAUUACCACCGGAACAAAACUGGUAAAAACUCACAACAACCGUGGGAUUGUUAUGAUGAUGGAUCGUCAAAACAAGGUCCAUUUCAAGGGAAUCCAAGGAUUGGAUGGUGAGGAGCGCGACGAUUUGAUCAGUGUUCCAUUGAGAUGCUGA